AUGUCCAACGGAAGUGUAUCUGAUCAGCCAAUUGACGCUCUCCGUACAGCGUUCAAGGAUCGAAUUGCAUCAGUAAGAGGUUUUGCGGCUGAGAUUCCCGCCUCGGUAUCAUGGGCUACCUCAGCUCCGGCACACAAGACGGUCAAGCAAUUGGCUACGUCAUUCCGCAAUGUGGCCACUCCUAUGAAGAUGGACAUACAUAUCAAGCAAGAACAAGAGAAAGUUGCUCGAGAACAGGCAAAGCUCGAACAGACUCUUGCUGGUGGCAUCAAUGAAAAAUCCCUCGAAGACGCUCUCAAGGAAGUUCAAGAUGGUCCAGUAAAGGACCUCGUACAAGCACUUCUCACGUCUGUACGGGAUCAAAGGAACCAACUCGAGUCUCUAGGAGCAGUGCUGGUUCAUCAACAAGACCAAGAAUUGAAAAGACUCGAUCUUGUUGGAGACCUGGGUUCAAGCUUGAGGAUGCUCAUAUCCAAAGUUGGGGACUGCCCCAAACAGCAUAUGGAAUCCCAGUAUUCCACCUUGUGGGAUCUGGCUGCAGCUGGUGAAUCCUUGGCAGAAGAAGCUAGCAUCGGGGUUUCUAAUCUUGGCGUAAAGCUCACCAAGGGUACCAGAGAUUUCUUGCAGUUGACGGCAGCCUACAAGAAGACCACGUCUAACUUGCAAGAUAGGGUGGCGACUCUAGGAAGCCAAGUGGAGAGACCAGCGAGGAGGUGCACCAGCAACUCUGAUGUCCGGUAUGUCGUCUACCUCUUUGGGAACACGUUUUGA